AUGGAGACCUGCGCCGCGCGCUCGCCGCCAAGUCCUACCUCUGUUAGGUUCCACCUCUCUGCCUUAGCAGCGCCCAGCGCCAGACUGAGGAGUGGGAUUCUGGUCCAGGACAGUCAGAUGGAUCCCAUACCUCCCAUUCUGACUGAACAUUUUCCAAGGAAUGAAGCAGACACUCCUCGAACCCAUGACCUAAAACUCUUACGAGCCAAGCGUGUUGCUUAUUAUGAAAGCAUUGGGAUCAUCAAGGGUGAUACUUCCAGGAAAGACAGUCAACCAUUGUUAGUAGCAUCCCAAGGCAGCAAAGUGAAUACCUCAGAAAAUCCAACUUUUGAGGUGAGCAGCAUUCAGAUAUCCCCUCAUUAUUUGGCAAUUGGAAAGAAACCUUUACUCCAGGAAGAGACCAAAGUAGCUCCUGGAGAAUCAGAGCAGGUUCAGGACCAGCGACCCCAGGAGGAACCCAGGAAAGGGGACUGCCUAACAAAAUUGGAUCUCCACUUGUUGGCCGAUGCUUUGGUUCCUGAGAGACAGAAGCUGCGCCAUGUAAUAAGUUGGGCUCAGAAGUUCUUAUCUAGCCCUUUGGAAGAGUACAGUUUGAAGUGUCCCCCAGAUUCUCCAGGAUUCCCCCAGUCUAACCUUUGCCAAUAUUCAAAAGCUCAAGAAAGUAAGAAAAAUGUCCAUCCAAAGUCAUUGUAUUUUCCACCCCUUCUCAAAGAAGACCAGUGUAGCCCACAAACAGAUAUACCCAGUUUCUUUUUAAGCCCACCAAACAACUUUUUAGAAGUGGAUUUCUCUUCAGAAUUUUCAGGCUCCUUCUUGAAGCAGGAGUUUCCCAGAAAUAACUCUUAUGAAUGGCAAGAAACUCCAGUGAUGAGUGAGGGGGAGGGAAGCACUUCUAGGUCUCUCCCUGAUUGUUUUCAGAAAGAAGAUUCCACUCAAGGAAAGUAUGAAAGAUCAAGAAAUAGUUGUAUUCAAAAUCCUGAUGACGAUAAAAUGUUUCCUGAGAGACUAAAGGUUCUGCCACAGCUCAUCCAGACUUCUGAAGUAAGUGAAACUUUAGAGGAAGCCAGACAGAGCCCACUCAGAAAUGGUUACUUCUGGACCCCAUUGACGGACAGCUCAGAGGAGGAAGGUUUAGAUGAACCAGAAGAGAAUAAAGGGACACUUAGAAGGUUUUCAGGAAUUACCUUUUCUCCCACAAACCAUAGCACAUUAGUAUCAAAAACUAUGGUCUCCUUAGGGGAGACAUGCCUGGACACUGAAUCCAGGGAGUGGUGCAGAGAAGUGGCAGAGUCCUCUGUGGGAACUUCUAAGGAGGUCAUAGUGGAACUCAAGGCUGACAGCUCCAGGGAUGAAGAACUCAUCCAGCGACUCCCUGAGAGACAGUGCGUAACUUCCAGUUACAAUGCUGAUGGAAGGAGGGACUCAGACAGUAUGGGACUCACUUUGAGGUCUCGCCAUACUGAGAUUAAGCAUAAAAGUGACUGGAAACAUGUCCUUAUGGAACAGGCAGGGGAGGUUUUCCUGGGGGCAAUACCAGGAGGUGCUCAGAACAGAAGUGUGCAUGGUUCUGCCACAAGCAACCUUCCUCUGAUGACUCAAAAGCAAUUUGACCUAACACUUCCUGAAAGUUUUUUGGGCUCUCAAAUUGUCAGUCAGCCACUGGAGGUGUCAGAGGGUCCCUUGGACAAUGCUGUAUUUCCUGUGUGUUCAGAUUCCACUAUCUUCUGUGGACCCACUGUAGAUGCCGAUGGUGCCUGGGGUAGCACUUGGUAUGACCAGUUGCCACUGCCUGAGAAGGAUGAACAACCCACGCAGACAAGCCAAGUGGUCCCUGGGGAAACAACUCACAAAAAAACAGAGAAGACACUUCCUUCAAAUCACUCUAUUUUCAGAAACAUUUCCACAACUCACUUGAAGGGAUCCUUCCCACCCCAGGAUGUGGGCCACAGCCUCUCCUGCAGUGAAGAGCCACUGAGUAAACCAGAGCAAGGGGCCAGUGUCCUGGAGACUUAUUUCUACUAUGUGCAUAUGUUGAACAAGAUCAGGGGUCUCUCUUCAGAAGACAGGAAUUCCUCUUUGCCUUUCCAGGGGUCUAGAACAUCCAAAUCAUCGUUGGUAAUUCCAUUUCCAGGAAGUCAAGGCAGUUCUAAAAGCAGCUUAGAUAGGAAGACCAAGGGAUGGAGAGAAGGUGAGGGGCCCACCCAACCCCGAGAACAAGCCUGUGUGGAAGAGGCAACUCCAGAAGCUGCAGUUUGGGAGGAGGCCAGAUUUUGGAAACCUGAAGGCAACUAUGGAUCUGUUGAAAAAUUCUUCAGCAAGAAUGAGUUUCAAGAUGAAGAAAGAGAAAAUAAGGAGCAAAAGAGAGAUGCUGAUUUCUCCCAGUGGUUACUCCUGCCUGAUGAAAUAUGGAUUUGUAUAUUUUCCCUUCUGUCACACAAGGAGCUUGCUCGGGUAGCACAAGUGUGUCACCACUUCUACUGGCUUGCAAAUGAUGAAAGCCUCUGGAAGCAGGUCCAGAUAGCCGACUGCUGUGCCCUGGAGGAUGAGUGGUUGGUGGCUCUGGCUCGCCACCAGCCCCGCUCUCUCACUCUGCAGCGCUGCCGCCAUGUUGGCCAGGCUGUGACCCACCGUGGGCUGAAGAGACUUUUCCAGCACUGCCAGGAUGUUCUUCAGGAGCUGAAUGUGAUCAGCUGCAGUGGUCCUGGACUUAUGGGAGAUGAGAUCCUGCUCCAUGCAGGGGCCCUGUGCAGCCAGUUGUCUGCUGUCGACCUAAGUUGGUCUGGGGCUACCGACGUGGGUGUGCUGGCUCUCAUACAAGGGGCUUCAAGCCUUCGAGGACUCUCCAUUAAUGGAUGCCAGAUUACAGACAAAGCCAUUACAGCUUUAGUUAGAAAGCAUGGAAACAGUCUCCACAAAAUAGAAGUCUUUGGUUGCUUUGGUCUUACAGCCAGAAGUAUAGACUCUCUGGCUCUGCGAUGUCCACACUUACGGACCCUGAACAUUGGGAGAGUCCCCAAGGUUUCUGAGGCCUGCCUGGUCAGGAUCCUGAAGAACUUACCAGAAAUGACUGCCCUCAAUGUUGCUGCCCUUAAAUUGGUGAAGGAUGGGAUCGUCCAUCUCAUCGUGACUCACUGUCCUAAACUGGAGAGUCUUGUCCUUAGCUCCUGUUCUCAGGUGACUGAUGUGAGCUUGGUGGAAAUUAGCACCUAUCUGAAAACCCUCAGGUAUCUUGAUGUGAGUGGAUGCCGACAGGUAACCAAUGCAGGAAUCCAUGCAUUGGCACGAAGCUGCCACCAGCUCAAGUGUCUGGACCUGAGCUCUACAGGGAUAAAUAAAAGAGGGUUGCUUGUGGACAAAAUAAACUUCAGUAAAAAUAUCCCCAGGAACUCAAGGAAGGACUUGCAGCACAGCAAAGACAAGUCUUUCAACUGUCUGAGCUAUAACCCUUCACUUCAUGGAAUCCAGCAUCUCUUGAUUAUUCUCUUGUCUCUGUCUUCUCUGUCUUCUUCACCCACCUGUCAGGAGGAAGGAAAAUUCAUUCCCACUCUUGGAAAGUGGCAGAGUUUUCACGUGUUAUAUUCUUUUGUUUCUACACGAUUCUGUCAAGAGUUUGUUUAUUGGCUAAUUACUGUCAUAUUAAUUUGGAAUGUGUGAAACUCAGUUUCUGUAUGAAUGUCACCCUGGAUGCUAUUAAGAAACUUUGUAAAAACUGCAAACGAUUGAAGAUUCUCCAUCUCUAUGGCUGCACCAUCACUUCUGGCUUGUGCAAAAUAAAAGAAGCUUACAAAAGAGUCAAAAUAUUUCA